AGGGUAAGGAGAGACAGGCCAGACAAAGCCAACUUCUUCACGACACAACCAAAUUCUCAUGAAUUAUGAUCUCUGCUGAUGCACACACAUACUGUAGCCCAACACGUAGCCUAUCUGUAAUUCCGCGAUAAACCACUGAGUGGAGACAGUGAACUAUCUCAUGCCACAAGCGCAAACCAAAUAAGGAAAUUGCGUGGACUGCAAGGCGUUUGGCAGUGUGGUGUACAGGGAUGCUUUCCGCAAGCAGAAAAAGCACGUUGGCAAUUGAUUUGUGACAUGAUCGAGGUGUUUGGUGAUUGGGACUAAGACGUACGUGAAGAUAGGAUGGGUGACGGUGUGCAGCAUGAGACCGUUUUCUACUCCAAGGCUGAAAACUACUGGAGAGAAGUGGCGCCCACCGUGGAUGGCAUGCUAGGAGGCUACGGCAAGAUCUCUAACAUUGACAUCGACGGCUCCAAGAAGUUCCUGCAGAAAUUCCUUGGCCAGGGUGAAGGGAAGACCGGCAAUGGCUGCGCCCUGGACUGUGGCGCCGGAAUAGGACGCAUCACCAAGCGACUGCUACUGCCCCUCUUCAACACUGUGGACUUGGUGGACGUGACUCAGGAGUUCCUGGACCAGGCUAAGGUCUACCUGGGCGACGACAGCAAACGGGUGGAGAACUACUUCUGCCUCGGCCUGCAGGACUUUAUCCCACAGGACAGACGCUACGACGUCAUCUGGAUCCAGUGGGUCAUUGGCCACCUGACUGACGACCACCUGGUGGAGUUCCUGCACCGUUGCCGCGGCGGCCUCCGCCCUGAGGGACUAAUUGUCAUCAAGGACAACGUGGCCUAUGAGGGCGUGAUCCCAGACGACGUCGACAGCAGCGUGUGCCGGGAACUGGCUCUGGUGAAGAGCCUGGUGACCCGGGCAGGCCUCACUAUCGUCUGUGAAGAGCAACAGAUGAACUUUCCUGACGAGAUCUACCAGGUCCACCAGCUGGCCCUCCGAUAGGGACGGAGAUGGACGGGUGUGGAGGAUGGGUGCCAAUGCCAAAAUGCUGCUGCCCAUGCUCAAGCCAUGGGACCUUCAUGACAAGCCUCCUGUCCACUGAAAGUUGGACAGUCCAGCUUAGUGUGUAGGCGUGUUUGUCUAAUGGCGUAUAUAUGACCCACUCUGUGUGAAUACAUCAGGUAGAGGUUUUAUGAAUCGUCAGUGUAAUUUACUAAAGGAUAAUUGUGACUGAUUCUGGGAUCACCCUUAGGAAUUAUGGAUGUACUGUAUGGGGGCAGAUCAUGUAAGGCUCAGAAAUGUAAAUGCCACUGAGUCAAUUCUUUACUGGAGGACAUGAGUUACAGCACUUGAGUUCACAUAGGACAGGGAUGAGCAAUUCUUUUCAGGGCCAUGUUCCAUAGGGCACACAGUUUUGCAAUGGAAACUACACAAAAACGUAUUUGGUCAAGUUCACGUACCUUAUUGUAAAUGACCCAGGUUCUCACUUUUGCCUAACGCACAAUUCAUUCAUGUCACUGAAUGCUCAGAGUAUCUGGUCACAUCUGUUUUCCCAAGUCGGAAUUAGAUUGAGCAACAAAUCAGGAACAGAGUUUCCAAUCACUGGCAUAUAUCCCUCCACAGUACCAAGAAUACAUAGAUUGGCUGUUUGUAAGAUGUGGCAAAUACUGAUGAAAUUUAAGUACUGUAUGUUUCCCAUGAGUGUUUGAAUGUCAAAUUAAACAACUUUUCAGGAAAUCUCA